ACAUGCCGUCGCCCGGCUGACUUCAAAUUACCACCCCACGACUCGCCUUGUUGGGAGGGUCACUGCUGCGCGCUUCCAUUGUCCUUGAAUGCUGAUCCGGAUCGGAAGACCAUCCCAGAUGUGUUUCGGGGAGUAAUGCACAUCCGUGACGUAUACGCGCGCUUAUCGGAGCUUCAACAAAUCUUUCAUCACCGAUAGCAUGCUCGACGCCUCGUCCUCCUCAUGCUCUCGUCCGCAACCGCUUGCACUUCAAUGCCACUGUUGCCACCGCACUGGGAGUGAUUCUGCAGCCCUUUGCUCAUGUCUUUGGGUGUCCGAGCUCAAUUUCAUCCUACAGAUCUUCAAUGUCCCGCACUCUUUCAGGGAUGCGAUCCGUUCGCACGACUUCCGUUGGUUCCUGACGGUCAGCCCACCAGAACCCUCCUUUGUGAUGGACAAUUCGAUUUCGCACGUGGGCGCUGCACAUGGAACACAAACGAGCCGGGUCGCGGCCCGUGUGCUUAGCCGAGCCACUCUCACUUGCGAUUCAGGUCGACUGCGCAUUGUGUCCGUCGAGAGUCCGAAUACUGGGCGCCCGAAAUCUUGUCGUACUCAUCCUUCCUUUGUGCCCGGUGUCCAACUGAUUUCAGGCAAUCACUGUCACAUUGCCGAGCCAUCUUGACGCAAACAAGCAGACUGGGGAGCGUACAAUUCGCGUAUCAUACUUUCUUCUUUCCCUUUCCAAUUUCCGUCAAUUCGAUCUGCCUUCCUAGGUGGCGCGUGUAUACUAUACCUUUCCUCGAGCUUCCCAAGGCCCUCCUUUAGGGCUGCACAUUGAUAGGGUAGUACUUGUCGCGCGGUGAGACGUUGCCCUAUGAGUAUAUCGGUGGGCACAUUCUCUACGCUUUGCGUGCACGAAUCACUCACCGGCCUGUAGUAG